AUGCCCCCUACCCUCCCCCUCGUUGUAACACAGACCUUACGUGUUUUUCAUCUCGGCCAGUUUAAUUCCACCUCCGCAAACCACAACACGUCCCCGCACCAGAGAGCUUGUUUGGAUAUAGGACUAUUCAAUUUGCCCCUCUGAAUUUAUUAAAAGUCAUAUUGCGGUUUCGAUUCGCGUAUUUGAAACCUGUUUACGCAGAGAGAUAAUGGGGUGCUGUUCAGGACGAUGUAUGCUGAUCUUCUUCUGCACUCUCCAAUUGAUGACAGCAUUGGAGAGGCAGGCUUUUGACUUCCUUGGGUACCAGUGGGCUCCCAUCAUGGUCAACUUCCUGCAAAUAAUCAUGGUUAUCCUCGGCCUCUUUGGCACCAUUCAGUACAGACCACGCUAUGUUGUUCUAUACCUGCUGUGGACAUUACUAUGGGUGGCAUGGAAUGUCUUUGUGAGCUGUCUCUACUUGGACCUGGGAGGCCUUUCCAAGGAGAGCGACCUGCUUUCUCUGGGUGUAUCCUCACACCGUUCAUGGUGGAAAGACAACAGUCCAGGCUGUGAUGACAGGGACCUUCCUGCCACUAGAUGGCAGAGUCUGGAGAGCCCAGAACUAAUCUCUGCUCUGGGAUGCUGGCUGGAAUAUCAAUACAUAGAGGUCCUACACUGCAUCGUACAAAUCCUAAUCUCUUUCUUGGGAUUUGCCUACGCCUGCUAUGUGGUCAGCACCUUCACAGAGGAGGACAGCUACUAUAAGUAAAGGUUGCAAGUGGGUUGAAAAUGACUGACAGGCAAGGAGGGCAGAAGAGGUACAAGAGAGUGGGAUAUAUCCAGUCAGUGAAACAGAAGACAUUCCCACAAUGCUCACAAAAUAUAAUUCCUCUGCCUACCAGCACUCUUAAUGCAUACUAGAGUAAACCAGCAUGAGUUCUCUGUUUAAUGCAAUGAUGGUCAAUACUAGCUUAAUCCCAGAUCUGCAAAGGUGGAAAGAGUACCGAAAUAUUUAUAUACUUACUUGAGUAAGUAGAAGCACUGUUAGUUUAAUGACAUUUUAUUCAAGUAGAUGUCAAAUUACUGGUGUAAAAAAACUACUCAAGUAAAAGUAAAAAAGUAGCUCAUUUAAAAUAAAAUUAAAGUAAGUAAAAAUAAAGAAGUGACUUUUCAAAUAAAAACAUUGACUUGAUACUUAGCUAAUUUCGCUAAGGUUACCUGAAAGUUGUUACACAUGAUCUUUUCCAUGAAUUACAUUUAAAAAGAAAGAGAGGAAAUGAAUGUUCAGUGCAAGGAACUAGGAACUAAGUUCAGUGCAACAAGGCACAUCUGCAUGUAAAAAAAACUAAGGAUUUGUCAAAAUAAUACUAUUAAUAUUAGAAAAUAAAGCAAACAUUUAAAGUGUAUUUAUGAUUUUAAAAAGCAAUACAAAAUAAAGUGCCUAAACAAUAAAGUUGACAGACUUCAAUAUACUUCAGACUCCAGAAAUAAACAUGUCUAAUCCUACACCCAUUCAUCACCCCUUCGUUACUUGUUACUCACUCACUCACCUACUCAAGUAGAAGUACUGUUUCUUAUAUAACAUUUUACUCAAGUAGAAGUAAAAUUACUGACUUUGAAAAAAUACCAAAAAAAGUACAAGUACUUGGAAAAGCUACUCAAUUAUAGUAAUGAGAGUAGUUGUAAUUAGUUACUUUACACCUCUGCAGAUCUGUUUGUGUUUUUGCCUGCUCCAUUGUCAUUGUCAAGUUGUUUGGCAUUACUAUUCCUAGUUGGCAAGAGAGCAGAAACAGACUGGCACCCAGGCUAGGUCAAAACAGGUACACUCAAAACACUACUGAUACUUCUGACAUAACAUGUAUCAGUGUACAGGAAAUAGUAUUUGUUGUAUUAUGACAUAAUGGCACUCUGUAAAAAUAAGCAUUUAUGCAAACAGUUGAAUAUGGACUGAAUCAUAUAAUUGUGUGUCCUACAUUGAUGUUAAUGAGAGAUUUGCACGAAAAUUACAGUCACGUGCAAAUUAUCAAAGUUAUGUCUACAGAUUUCAAUUUAGGAUUUGGACCUACACUACCGUUCAAAAGUUUGGGGUCACUUAGAAAUGUCCUUGUUUUUGAAAGAAAAGCCAUUUUUGCA